AUGGUUAAACGUGGAAGGGCUACAAUACUGCCAAAUAAUAUUAUUCUUUUACAGAACCUGGUAAAAAGAGAUCCUGAAUCCUAUCAUGAAGAAUUUUUGCAACAAUAUUCUCAUUAUGAAUCAUUAAGAGAUAUAUUUAUGUUAAACGGGAUGUCUGCAGCCAGUGGUGCCCAGUCGAGUGUAGAAAGUUCAGAAACGAACACCUCAGAUAACUCUUCAACCCAACUGAUCGAGCUUAUCGGAUUUGUAUCACAGGUGUGUUCAUGUUUUCCAAAGGAAACUGCUAAUUUCACCAGUGAAUUGAAACAACUAUUGUUAGAAUAUCAUAAAACGUUACCUUAUGAAUUGAAAGAAAAGAUAAUCACAUCUUUGACUAUAUUAAAAAACAAGAACGUUAUAUCAUCUGAGGAACUAAUUCAAACUUUAUUUCCAUUGUUGAUUGCAUACUCAACUUCGAGCAACUCGAUGGCAAUCAACUCACAUGCAAAAGAAAUUAGAAAUCUUAUUUACAAUAACCUAAUCACAUUAUUAAAAAACAGUAACACCGGCUCAAAAAACCAAAAAUUGAAUAGAUCUACUCAGGCCAUUUGUUUCAACUUAUUGGAUCAACCAGAUUCUCAGGGUAUCUGGGCCGCUAAAUUGACUAAAGAACUAUGGAGACGUGGUAUUUGGGAUGAUUCUCGUACGGUAGAGAUUAUGACACAAGCUGCGCUACACGAUGAUGUUAAAGUUGCUAUUAUGGGUAUCAAGUUUUUCUUAGAUGCUGAUAAAGAGCGUGAAGAAAACUUUGAUGAUGAAGCUGAAAAUGACGAUGAUGUCGAUUUAGAUGCUUUAAAACACAAAAUGCAAGUUAAUAAAAAAUCUAGUAAGCGUGGUAAGAAAUUAACCAAUGCUUUAAAAGUUAUGAAAAAGAAGAAAAAUGGUAAGUCUAAUAACAACUACUAUUUAAAUUUCAGUGCUAUCCAUUUGUUGAGAGAUCCACAGGGAUUUGCUGAAAAACUAUUCAAGGAGCACUUAUCAUCAGGUAAAAAGACAAAUAAAUUCAAUAUAGAACAAAAGAUUUCUAUAAUGCAAUUACUAUCCAGAAUGAUAGGUACACACAAACUUAUUGUUUUAGGUAUCUACACAUUUUUUCUAAAGUAUUUGACGCCAAAACAAAAAGAUGUCACCAAAAUCAUGGCCGCAUCGGCUCAAGCAUGUCAUGAAUUAGUUCCACCUGAAGUUAUCCAAGAAAUGGUCAAAAAAAUUGCCAACGAAUUUGUAUCUGAUGGUGUUGCUAGUGAAGUCGCAGCAGCAGGUUUAAACACUAUACGAGAAAUUUGCUCUCGUGCUCCGUUAGCUAUUGAUGAGACAUUAUUACAGGAUUUAGUUGAAUAUAAAGGGUCAAAGGCUAAAGGUGUUAAUAUGGCUGCCAAGUCAUUAUUAUCCUUAUACAGAGAGGUUGCUCCUGAAUUGUUGAAGAAAAAAGAUCGUGGUAAGACUGCAUCAUUGGAGUUGUUAGAGUUGAAGAAGAGCGGGAAGGAUGGUGAAUCAAAAAGACCUCAGUUCGGUGUGGAAAACAGUGUUAGAGGUAUUGAAGGUAUAGAAUUAUUAGCAAAAUGGAAACGAGAUCAAGAAAAGAGCAGUAAUGGAAAUGAUGAAGACGAUGAUGCAAAUUGGGAGGUGGAGAGUAACGAUGAAGCCGAAGACGUAGAUGGAGAAUGGGUUACUGUUGAAAGUGAUAAAGAAUACGAUGUCAAUGUAGAUGACAGUGACGAAGAAAAGAAAGACACUCCUUCCGACUCUGAUCUUGAGUUAAGUGAUGAUGAAGAGGAGAAAACAGAGGGCAUGGGAGUAGAUGAAGAAGAAAAAGAAACAAAGUCAAUGGAUCCAGAAGAAGCUUUCCGUGAGAUUGCAUCCACACGUAUCUUAACACCAGCUGAUUUUGCCAAGUUGCAGGAAUUACGUACGGAAGAAGGUGUUGCUAAACUUAUGGGUAUGGCAAAACGUAGUAAUGAAGAAUUAGUCGAUGCAGAUGCUUUGGUUGGUCCAGUUAAGUACAAACAAACUCGUGAAGAGAGAAUACAGAAAAUCAUGGAGGGACGUGAAGAUCGUGACAAGUAUGGUAGUAGACGUGGUAAACGUGAUAAUGCACAUUCCACAACCAACAGAGAAAAGCAAAGAAAGAAGAACUUCGUCAUGAUGAUCCACAAGAGAUCAGUCAAGGGGAAACAAAAGAUGUCCUUAAGAGACAAACAAAAAGUUUUACGUGCACACAUUACCAAGCAAAAGAAGAAAGGUUACUAG